AUGAUGUACUCAUUGCUGUUUGCAAAAGGGGCACUGGCAUCAACUUGCCCAUCAUUUCUUCGCAUCUGGCAACUGUGCUUGGUUUGGCAGCAACACUAUGCUCUCCGUCGAUUAUGGGACCAAGUGAAGAAACGUGCUCAAUUUCAGAUCACUUUGUCGCAAGCUAUCGGCAACAAAGCGGAAGGUCAUGUUACCGUUAUGAUUGCUCUCCGACGAUUCAUGAUUGGACGAUUAAGUCUUCUAUACUGCCAACAAGCGGAAGCAUCAUGCAAGGCCAAUCUGAUGAAACAUUAG